AUGGUGAUACAUAAUUCAACCUCAUCUACAAAAGGUAAUUUAUGGUUAUUCUGGAAUGCUUCUUUAUCUACUCCUCAAGUUAUUUCAAUGUCUAGCCAAAUGGUAACUGUCAGUAUUGGUGAAGUAUUAGUUUCUGGUGUUCAUGCUCAUGUUAAAAAGAGUCAAAGAAAGUUUCUAUGGUCAGAGAUGGAAAUCAUUAGUCAGCUACAAAAACCAUGGGUUGUUUUAGGUGAUUUUAAUGCUAUAAUUUCACCUGAAGAGAAAUUUGGUGGUAAAGCUCCAAACAGAAUUUCAAUGAUGGAUUUUAUUCAUUGCCUUAAUGAAUGUAACUUAAUUCAAGCUCCUAGUACAGGUCAGCAAUACACUUGGUCCAAUUGUCAACAAGGAACAAAAAGAAUCCUAUGUGUUCUAGAUAGAGUUGUUUUCAAUUUUUUAUGGUUACAGAAGUAUGGUGAUUGGGGAUAUAAGGUUGGAUUGAGGAUAGUUUCAGAUCAUGCUCCUUUAUUAUGUGGUUGUGCAAGAAUACCCAGACCAAAGAAUGUUCCCUGGAAAUUUCAGAAAAUGUGGAUUGAUCAUCCAUCAUUCUUAAGUGAAGUGAAGAAAGUAUGGACUGAGAAUAUUAUUGGUGAUCCAUCUUUUAUUUUCAUGCAGAAGCUAAAAAAUCUAAAAAAGUUCUUAAGUGAGUGGAAUUGGAGUGUAUUUGGUAAUAUUAAUACAAAAAUUAAGGAGGCAGAAGAGAAAGUUCAAAAAGAAAUGGAGUUAUCUGAUCAAAAUCCCUUAAAUGAAGAUCUUUUAGCCAACUUAGUAGCAGCACAAAAUGAACAUGCAACAAGAAAAGUUCAAUCAAAUACUCUUAUGAGACUUAAAUCAAGAGCAAAUUGGAUUAAAGAUGGUUCUGCAAACACUGCAUACUUCCAUGCUAGAAUGAAGAUUAGACAAUCAAGAAAUACAAUUAGUGAACUAGAAGAUGCAAACGGAAAUAUUAUUAGUGAUCAAUCUCAAAUUGCAGAUACUUUAGUCAAGCAUUUUCAACAAAAAUUUGAAUCUCAAGAUGUUGAUGUUUCUGAAGAAUUGCUUGAUGUUAUUCCCUCAGUUAUUACAGAUGAAUACCAAGAAAUGUUGGACUCCAUUCCCACCACUGAAGAAAUCAAGAAAAUUGUUUUUGAAAUGGACUCAGAUAGUGCCCCUGGUCCAGAUGGAUUUCCUGGAUCCUUUUAUAAAAGUUGCUGGGAUAUAAUUCAAUUGGAUUUAAAAGAUGCCAUACAAUUUUGUUGGAGAAUAAGAUUUAUCCCCAAAGGCCUGAAUUCAAAUUUCUUAACCCUCAUUCCUAAAUGUGCAGGUGCUAAGAAAGCAAGUCAAUAUAGACCAAUUGGAUUGAGUAAUGUAUUAUUCAAAAUUUUCACAAAGAUAAUUUCUGUCAGAAUGAAUGGACUCAUGGAGAAGUUAAUUUCAUCACAACAGGCUGCUUAUGUUAAAGGAAGAAGCAUUCAAGAACAAAUACUUCUAGCUUCAGAGAUGGUAAAUGAAAUGAGAAAAAAGAGAAGAGGCGGUAAUGUGGCUUUUAAACUGGACAUAUCACAGGCUUAUGAUUCUGUAAGUUGGACUUUUCUUCUUAAAGUUAUGCACAAAUAUGGGUUUUCAUCAUCUUGGUGUGAUUGGUUGUUAACCAUGUUUAAAUCUGCAAAAUUAUCAGUAAUGGUCAAUGGAGGACCAUGUGGCUUUUUCUCAAUGCAUAUGGGUCUUAAGCAGGGUGAUCCAUUAUCCCCUAUUUUAUUUAUUUUGAUGGAAGAUGUAUUGAGUAGAAAUAUCACAAAUUUGGUUAAUACAGGGCAGAUAACUCCAAUGGUAGUUAAAAAUGGAAUAUAUCCAACACACUUAUUUUUUCCUGAUGAUGUUUUCUUAUUCUGUAAUGGAGCUAAGAAGACUUUGUUUUGUCUAUUUAAGCUGAUUGACAAAUAUCAACAUAACUCUGGCCAGAUGAUUAACAAAGCCAAAAGCAAGUGUUUCAUUGAUGGUACUAAUUCAACCAGAAAGCAACAAAUUAGCAGCAUAGUUGGUAUGGAUAUAUCUAAUUUUCCUGAUAAGUAUCUUGGUAUCAUUCUAGCUCCAGGAAGAGUAACUACUGAAAUGGUCUGGCCAAUAGUGAUCUACCCUCUUUACAAUAUGGCAGUUUAUAAAUGGCCAUCUUCAGUUAUUAAGAUAUGUGAAAAACUAAUAAGGAACUUUCUAUGGUCAGCUAAGUUCAAACAUAAAUAUGGUAUAUGGUUUUCAAAAUGGAAAUUAUCAUCAGUAAGAGAAGGUUUGCAAUGGGCUUGGCUUACUUUACAAGAAGACAUCUCUUGGAAGAUUGGAAAUGGUGCUAGCAUCUCAGUAUGGUUUGAUAACUGGUAUGGAUCAUCCCCACUAAUUAAUGAAAUUGGUUAUACUGAUUUUGUUCAUAACAAUAUGCAGUUGAAAGUUCAGGACUUAAUCAUUAAUGAUCAAUGGAAUAUACAUCCUCAGUUGCAGCACUUGUUACAGAUUGAUAACUUGCCUCAUAUUCAUAGUGGAAAUGAUUCCAUAAUAUGGAACCUACAUAGUAGUAGAAUGUUUAAUAAUGCAAAGGCAGUGGAGAAAAUAAGACACAAGGAAGACAAGGUAGAUUGGUCUUCUUAUAUAUGGAGGAAAUCUUUGCACCCAACUAUUGCCAGCAACAUUUGGAAGCUUCUACAAGGAGUUUAUGUGAAUGAUGACAUGAAAAUAAAACAAGGAUAUGAAAUGCCUUCUAGAUGUUGUAUCUGCAAAUCAGAGCAGGAUUUUAUGGAGCAUACACUGUGGCUUUGUGAAUUCAGUGUUCAGGUUUGGAAUUGGCUUGGAAAUAUGUUUCAAUUUCCCAGGCCAUACUCUUUUUCAGAAGUGUUUUCUGCAGCUAAACAUCACAGUCCUAUCAUUGAUGAAGUAUGGAUAAUCUCUGCUUGUACUGUCAUUAAGGAGUUGUGGUUUCAAAGAAACAGAGUUUUCUUUGAAGGAGGUGAUGUUAAUAUUCAUGGUUUCAAGCACAGGGUUAUGAAGAUUGUUCAAGAUCAUGGUGUCAGAAUAAAAGGGGUCAGGUGGAACAAUGACUAUGAAAACCAAAUUCUUAGUCACUUUAAAAUUGAUUCUUAA